AUGUUUUUCAAUCCUCGUCAUGCCCUCGUUCUGCUGAUUCUUUGUAAUCAUUUGACAUCAGUGUUCGCACAAACUGUCCAACUUCCUGUAGUGAAAGAGGGAAUAAUACCUGCUGUGAUAAAUGAUUUCUGCAAAUGGAUCCUCGAUCACAAAUUCCUCUGUGUUUCCAUUCUUUUCGUUGGUGCCUGUAUCGAAUGCGGGAUAAAGGCGGCGAUAGAAGGC